AACAUUACAGCAUUUUUAUAAACGUUGCUUUACAAACAGACAGCACGGGAUGAUUCCCUAGUUGUUGGAUAUUUGAUUGCCCAUUUAGCCGAAUGUAUGUACAUUGGACAUUUUUAUUUUAUAUUUGAUACGUUUUGUGUUGCAUUUUGGGAGAUGUSGUUUACUACUACUCGAGGCGGAGUUCAGUCAUGAUGAAACUUGGACCAACACAUAUCUCUGGAGACGUGGUAGCAAGAAUAAUUAAUCGAGCUAGAUGAAUAUAUCUAUGAUAUGUGAAAAUGUCAGCUCAAUGUAGUAAAUGAUGAUCGAGGAAGAACACGAGAAGAGAAACCAUACGGUAUUUGGGAGAAAAACUACAUGGGUCGCAAGUGGAAGUAAUCGAGGAAGGCUUCCAGUCGACGACUCGGCUCAAAACAUUGAGAUCAGUUUUUUGGGCCAUAUCAAGACUUUCUGAGGAAUUGCACGGACGUUUGCAGUGAAAUUGCUUAUUUCUCAAGCCAAAAAGAGUGGACCCGCAAAUGCCACAUUAUUUUCUUACGGGUCGUCGACUCAUAUUAGCAGGCAUGCCAGAGUCUUUGACAUGCGGUUUUGUGCAAUUAGCUUAAGUUGGCUAGCUAGCUAUUGUUUUCCUUUCGCGAACUGCUCUGUCUUGCCAGGCACAUUUAGUAAUAUAUUAUUCCAGAAAUGCAACAGGAGUCGACUGCAGUUUGCUAACUACAUUACUAUUUCCAAAAUAAUAGAAGAGUGGACUUUCACUUUGCAUGGGCAUUACUUUAUCUACAAAGUAACGUUGCAACUUGGCAAUAAUAGCUAGCUAGUUUAACUUUACUUGCUAGUGUGGUUUGGCUAGUUUGACUGCUCUCAUGAUUACGCUAACGCGUUCAAUGUUGGCUACUUACGUUACUACWGUAAACUAGCUAGUUUUUCGAAUUGGCUGGUUGGCAGUGCUGUUCAAUGUCAAACUGGGGGAGAACCUAUCCAUUUUAUUUGAAGGCUUUUGGGAUACACCCACAUUUUUUAUUUGUACGAACAACACAUUUGCCCCUUUUGCCACAAUGUUCAAGCUUUGUCUUCAGAGAACUCUAGGAUACACAGUCUCAUCAAGGGCAGUGCUGGAAAGUGUCACUGCCGGAAAGGUUUUGAAGGUGUCCCACGUGCAAAGCUGUUGGAUGGGAACGCUCGGACUCAACGAGCAGCGGGAGCACCUGAACUCUCCAAAAAGAGCAAAAGAAUUCAUCUACAGCCUUCACCCCAAAGAAAGAACAUGUUUACUCAAAGAACUGCAGAGCUUUGAGUCCAUAGCUAUAGCACAAGAGACGCAAGAGACUUCACCGCUUACUCAAGCUCAGAUCAGAUACGUGCUCCUACACAAUGCAAUCCCCUUCAUUGGUUUUGGCUUCCUGGACAAUGCCAUCAUGAUUGCGGCAGGAACCCAGAUUGAGUUGUCUAUAGGGGUCACCUUUGGACUAUCGACCAUGGCAGCUGCAGCUCUUGGGAACCUGGUUUCAGACCUGGCUGGACUUGGUCUUGCAGGAUACGUGGAAAUCCUAGCUUCCAGGCUAGGGAUGCAGGUUCCUGACUUGACCCCCAAGCAGGCAGACAUGUGGCAGACCAGGGUUAGCUCCCACAUGGGAAAAGGCAUUGGAGUCACAAUCGGAUGCAUUCUCGGAAUGUUCCCCCUGCUAUUCCUAGGGGAUGAUGAAGAUGAGCACAAGAAAAAAGAAGCACAAACAAACACCCCAAACUCUUAACAGCAUGGUAACAAUCUUUUUGGUCUCGAGUCAAUUGCAACAAGCAUCAUCAGCAUGAUUUUAGUUGAUCUCUAUCUCUGAAAACCUUCUCUAUUUCAUUAUAUAUGCCAUUUACCAGACGCUUUUAUCCAGUGACUUAGUCAUGGGUGCAUACAUUUUACGUACAUAUGGAAUCAUGUG